UCUCCAGUCACUAGUUGAGUGUAGUGAUGUCUGUGUUGCUGUGCCUGGUAGCAGGAGCUCUGUGCUUCUAUGUGCUGGUGUAUUACUGUGUGUUCAGAGGAGCAAGGUGCUCCAGCUCAGUGACGCUGGAGGGGAAGACGGUCAUUGUUACAGGAAGCAACACUGGCAUCGGCAAGGCCACGGCUCUGGAUCUGGCAAAGAGAGGAGCCAGGGUGAUCCUAGCCUGCCGCAACAAGGACAAAGCUGAGGCUGCCGCUUUUGACAUCCGCAGAGAGAGUGGGAACAAUCAGGUGGUGUUCAUGCAGUUGGAUCUUGCGAGUUUCAAGUCUGUUCGCAGCUUUGCUGAAACCUUCCUAAAGACUGAACCCAGACUGGACAUCCUCAUCAACAACGCAGGUGUGAUGGGUCCAGGACACACUGAGGAUGGUUUCGGCAUGGCGUUUGGGGUAAACCACCUGGGUCACUUCCUGCUCACCAACCUUCUCCUGGAGCAGCUGCAGCAGUGCGGUUCCAGUCGUGUGGUCAACGUGGCUGCACUUCUGCACCGCCUCGGCAGCAUCGACUUCCCUCUGCUGGCCUCCAAGAAGGACUUAGUGUGUGGUCAGUCUACCUGGGACAACAUUCAAGCCUACUGCAACAGCAAGCUGUGUAACGUGCUCUUCACCAGGGAGCUGGCCAACAAGCUGGAGGGCACCAGUGUCACCUGCUACAGCCUCCACCCAGGAGUCAUCUACACAGAAUUCCUCCGCAAUAUGAGCCUGUGGCAGCGGCUCCUCGUGAUGCCCUUUGCCAAGCUCUUCUUCCUGGAUCCUGAGGGGGGGUCCCAGACCACUCUGUCCUGUGCCCUGCAGGAGGGCAUCGAGCCUCUCAGCGGACGCUACUUCUCUAACUGUGCACUGCAACAAGUGGGAGCCAAGGGUCGAGAUGAUGCCCUGGCAAAGAAGCUGUGGGAAGUGAGCGAGAGGUUAACCAGUUUAUGAUAAUAUACUGAAUCCUAAUCCAGUAUGAUCGCUUCUGUGCCUCAUCAGAGACCUUAAUAGACCUCCAGUGCCAAUGUUGGUCUCUAUUUCUUUAAAGACUGGUUUCUAAUGGUGAACAUAAAGCAGUGCAAUGUCUUACUGUUUCUAUUAUCUGCAUAACCUUACAACUGUGCUAAUUGUUUAUUAAAUGGCAGUUAUCCACAAAGAGAUGUCAUGAUUGCUCUUGUGGUCAAGCCACAUUUUUUACUGAAAUGUUGCGAUGGCCAGCUGUGUAAAGAGGAGGAAGACUGCUUUGGGUAAAUGCUUCAUCAAACUAGGGAUGCACCGAUACCGGAUCGGAUAUGGGUCUGACACUGACUGAAAUAGCUGGAUCGGAUAUCGGUGGCAAUGGAGCCGAUCUAUUCAAUUCUAUUCUAUGUUUAUAUAC